CCUCGUGUCCCGUCGAUGACCGCCGAGCGCGCGUGCAGUGUGGUUUGCGGCACGCGCCACAUGCGCGAGCUCUGCCUCCGCACGCUUCCGCCGCGGGGCGGCGUGGGCGCGGCGGUACCCGUGACCCGCCACGCCAUGGUGGCCGUGCGCACAGCACUCGACUCAUACACAGCCACGGCAGCCACGACGGCGUCGCUGAUCGACGGCGGAGCGAUCCCGGCCAGCGAUAAGGCUGCGUACGGCGACUGCAUGGUGGGCUACGGCCGCGCCCGGGGGGCCAUGGCCCGCGUCGCCGACGACCUGGCGGGCGGCUGCGACAGGGCCGCGGACCUGAAGCCAGGCUACACGGUCGGCCUCCGCGGCAUGGACAGGUGCAGGAGAAGCAUGUUCAAUUACCCGGCGUCGCCGCUGUACGCCAUGAACCUCGCCGACCGGAACAGGACCCUGCUCGCCGCCUUGCUCUGCAGCCUGGUGCCAGCGCCACGGGUAGUCACUAGCCAGAGCACAUUCGAUUCUACUACUAAAAUUGGUCUAACCAGCAUGUUCGUCAUAUACACCAACCUGGGGGAGACGCUCGACGACGUUGCAUUGGACAAAAAGCUAUUCGACACCGUGCUGGAUCGUUUCCUGAGUGUGAUCGCUGGGAUCGAGUAG